ACGUACAUACACAUACAUAACACACGAUGAACAUAAUGUCUAUGGACAAUAUAUUAUUAUGUGUACAGAGUGAGACUUUCUCGGUCGUCACAAUUUUCCAAUUUUUGUAAUCGUCGUAUGAAAAACAAAAACAAAAAAAUGUUAUAAAUAAAAAUCGUAUUGUUUCAAUAUGAACUACUAACUAAAAAAAAUCUCACAUUAGCCGAGGUUUCACAACAAAUUGUCUUUUAUUUUAUUUUCACAAAUGUCAGAAUAUUUCAAUUCAAAUUUUUUUUAUCUUCGGUCGUUUGUCGGUUGGCAACAUUGAUAAAUUGUUUUAACGUCAUGAUUCAUUUAAAAGAAAGAUAAAAUUUAACCUACAAAACAAACAUUAAAUAUUGUUUUUUAUGUAAUGCAUCAUAAAGAAAUCAUACGAUUAUUAUUUAACAUUUUGCAUGACGGGAAAAUCUUAAUGACUGUUGGAGGGAAAAUUUAAAAUAGUCCUUGCAAAUUGUUUUCUUCAGAUUGGUUGCGCAGUGAUACAUUUUCGUUCUGACGCGCACCUUAGAGGAAAAGAGAGGGAAUAAUGUGUCAACUAGAUUGAAGCGACGUGUAAAAGAGAAGGUACGCACACCGAUUAUCAAUAAUAUCGACGGAAUGGUUGCCUUCAGGCCUUCAUCCUAUUUUAGGCAUAGCAUAUUUUUCUAAGAUUGUAACACGAUAUCGGGGAGUAGAAUCUUGCCUAUAACGAAUGAAUGACACUUGCGUAGACACACACAGAGAAAGAGAGGGAGAGAAAGAAUAAAUAUGUGAGAGUAUGAAUGGUUGAGUGAAUGUUUGGAAGAAAAUUAAUUUCGAGAUUGGUAAAAAAAAGUACGUAUAUGGAACUGGGAAAAUGACGUGGAUAAAAACAGAGCGACGUGUUCGUACUCGGCUGACUAUACAUAUUAAGGACGUAAACGAUGCUUGUAAUUAUUACAUGAUUGAUAUUAGUAUAAUUAAGCGAUUAAAAGGAAAGAAGUGAGACGUCGACUUUAAUAUAUUAUGUAUCAAUUUAACGAUUUUACCAUCCUUUUGACAAGAACACAUUUAGAUACAAUAUCUUAGGUUCUUUCGUAGAUGGGAAAGAAAAAAUUAUCUCUCUUGGUGUAUUAUUCGUUUCUACGCCUAUGAUCCAUAACGAAAUUCCUCCUCUAAUUCUUUCGUUUUCACGUAACUCCUUCUUACUGCAAUAAAUCUGUCUUUUGAUCGUCAGUAUCGAUCUUUAUCCCGAUGGUUCUUCACCAUUUAUAAUUAUAUAGUUGAUUAUAUUUAUGUAUAUUUAACAAACAAAAAUAUAUAUAAAUUUAACACCCUGGCGAAAGAUAAGGCAGAUGAAGUUAUUUGGCAUUCGACCAAACUUCCUCAAAUUGAUAUCGCAUGUAAUUUUGAACACGAGGUCUGCCAUUUUUUUUCACCGAUUCGAUGUAAUCUAUAGGUCGAACGAAUUAGUGAUCAUUUUCUUAAAGCGAAUUUUAGCGAUUAAAUAAAAAAAGUGAUGCAAUUUUAGGACAAUAAGACACAUAUAGAAGACACGAAAUAAGUUUCUGUGUUUAGCCAAAUCAAGUAAUGUAAAGUUACAUGAAUUUUGCGAGAACCUAGUUUGACGAUUAUUCCACAUUGUUUUAUCAUAAAGUUGGUAGCACUUCGAUAAGUUAAUGACCAAUAAAUAUAUGAUUAUUUAAAAAUGGAAAAUAGAGAGCUGUUGCGAUCUUCUUUUUCUAUGAAGAACAAAAAUUACACAUUAGUGCGAAAGUAUUUAGACGAAUUAAUUGAUUUCUUCUAUUACUUCAAAUCAUCCUCUGUGCUUCUAAUUUCUAUUUUUAAUAAGUAUUUAAUCAUGAAGUAAGAAUUGUGUUCUGCUCGCGCCUCCCGUUUGUAAUUGUAUUCAAUGCGCAUGCGCGAGAGAAACUCCAUCUAUGAUGGUCGAAUUAAAGCAAGCGAUUAGUAUAAACGCUUGCACCUAGAGGAGAGGUUAUAGUGUGCAUUUAUAAUUUCUUUAUUUCUUUCAACAUUUCUGACUAUUUUGAAUCAAUUAAGUAAUAUUUUGUGCUUGUUAUUGGAAUUAUAAAAAGUUCGCCAAAAUGUCGAUCGGAGUACCGAUAAAAGUACUCCACGAAGCGGAAGGCCAUACCAUAACCUGUGAAACAAAUACUGGCGAAGUAUAUCGCGGCAAAUUGAUAGAAGCUGAGGAUAAUAUGAACUGUCAGAUGCAAAAUAUCACUGUAACUUAUAGAGACGGCCGUGAGGCGCAGUUAGAGAAUGUUUAUAUUAGAGGCUCAAAAAUUAGAUUUCUUAUUUUACCAGACAUGUUGAAGAACGCACCAAUGUUUAAGAGACCGGGAGGCAAAGGUUCGGGAACUGCAGGCAGAGGCAAAUCAGCUAUUUUACGUGCCCAAGCUCGUGGAAGAGGUAGAGGUCAAAAUCAAAGAGGUAGAGGCACAGGUUCUGCACCUUGGCUAAAUCAACAAAAUCAGCCCGGAGGAUCUCAAGCAGGAAGAGGGCGAGGUUAAAUUAUAAAAUGAUAAAGGACAUUACAUUAAGAAAAAGAUAAAUAAACCCAAUUUAAGACCAACUUUUUAUAUUGUUCAUAACAAAUGUUUUCUCAAUUUCCACUUGAUUAGAAAUAGAAAUAUUUAAAUAAA